AUGACGACGGCCAGCCUCCGCCGCCGCCUCCCCCUCCCCAUCCCGCAGGCGGUGCCGCCGCUGGAAGACGACGACCUUCUCGCCGAGAUCCUCCUCCGCCUCCCGCCGCUGCCCUCCUCCCUCCCGCGCGCGUCCGCCGUCUGCGCGCGCUGGCGCGGCCUCCUCUCCGACCCCGCCUUCCACCGCCGCUUCCGCACCCACCACCGCCGCCGCAGCAGCCCGCCCCUCAUCGGCUUCAUCGAACUCAUUAACUUCGUCGAAAGCAUCACCUUUCACCCGGCUCUCGACGGCCCCGACCGCCUCCCCCGCGGCAGCUUCAACCUCAAGAUCGACGGCCUCGGGAGGCGCAUCAGGAUCCUCGGCUGCCGCCACGGCCUCGGCCUCAUCUUCGUCCAGCUUCAGUGCCAGCUCCUCGUGUGGGACCCCGUCGCCGCCGACCUGCACCGCCUCGACGUCCCCCCCGAGCUCAAGCUCCACUACGACCCGCUGGAGAACCCCAUCAGCGGGGCGGUGCUUCGCGCCGCCGGAGACGGAGCCGGAGACGUCGACCACUUCCACGUGGUCCUCCACGAGCCCGCCGUUCUGGCUGGGGGUUGCCUUCACUGGCAGAUGCUCACGGCUUCACGAAACAUAAUACUCCUACUCGAGUUUGAUCUGAAUAGGCGGAGCCUAGCAGUGAUAUCGCUGUCAAAGCACAUGUUAACCAGCCAGCAUUUCGGGGUGAUUCGAGCGGAGGAUGGGGGGAUGGGUCUCAUCUUCGUGUCCGGCUUCACCGCCCAAUUAUGGAGGAGGGAUACAGACUGUGAUUCGUGGGCGCGGGGAACAACUAUCCAACUGGACAAGUUACUCCCCCCAGAUUCACCACGGGAAGAACACCCAAGUAUGGUCGGGUAUGCUGAGGAAAGUAAUGCGGUGUUCUUCGAGACAGUUACCGGUGUCUUCAUGCUCCAUCUCGAGUCGCUGCAGCUCAAGAGGCUUUCCGAAGCCAACAGCUUUCGUUGCCAUCAUCCAUUCGAAGUUGUGUAUACUCCAGGUACUGGCAUGAGGCUUUAUGUGUGCUACUAGGAACCUGAACAGCUAACUAUUUUAUAGAAGUACUUGUGAAAACUCAUUUAUGGGUUGUGCUAAUAUAGUAUAUGGCUACCAGACAUAAUUGUGUACCUAUGAAGUAUAGUGAUGUAAGUAUUACACAAACAUGUUUGUU